AUGUUCAGAGCCGCGCGAGCCCUAAUUACCAACACUUGCAGCAGCAGCAGCUACAACAACGCCAUCGCCAUUGCCGCCUCCAGCUGCAGCAGCAGCAGCAGCAGCAGCAGCAGCAGCAGCAGCAGCAGCAGCAGCAGCAGCAGAGUGUUCAUCCGCUGCGUCCGCCACUGGGCUAGAAAGGCCGUUUUCGAGAAGCAGCGGCUGCUGCCCAACAGAGCCUUGCGGGCGGGCAGCUGCGCGGCCCCCAUCCCCCGCAGCAGCAGCAGCAGCAGCAGCAGCAGCAGCAGCAGCAGCAGCAGCAGCAGCAGCAAGGGGGGCUCCUGCGCGUACUUGGGGGACUUCUGGCUGCGGCGAAGUGCCCGCGGCGGAUUUCUGCUGUGUCCCCCCCGCCCCACACCCUGCAACUCCGCGCUGCUGCAGCAGCAGCAGCAGCAGCAGCAGCAGCAGCAGCAGCAGCAGCAGCAGCAGCAGCGGCGGCGGCAGCAGCAAAUCUACAAAGGAAUUGAGUACAGAGACAGAGUGGCCUUGCUGCCUAAACCCUGGGGUUUGGAGGGCCCCUGGGGGUUUGAGACAGUGAGGCUUAAAGUCAAAACCCGAAACCCUAAACCCUCGCUGCCUAUCCCCAGACACGAAACCCUAAACCCUAAACCCUAA